AUGUCGGGCCCGCUGGUGAAUACUUUUGAAGUCCCUUCGUGGGCUGGCAAACCUCCUGCAGGACUCCAUUUAGAUGUUUUAAAAGAUGGAAAAAUGAUUCAGAAACUCAUGAUUGACGAGAAGAAGUGUUAUUUCUUUGGACGAAACAAACAGCUGUGUGACUUUACUAUAGAUCAUUCAUCAUGCUCCCGGGUACACUCAGCACUGGUUUGGCACCGGCACCUCUCUCGACCAUUUCUCAUUGAUUUAGGCAGCACUCAUGGCACUUUUAUUGGACACAUUCGCUUGGAAUCGAAAAAGCCACAGCAGGUCCCCAUCGACAGUGAAAUCCACUUUGGUGCAUCGACCAGAAUGUACAUUAUUCGAGAACGACCACAAAUGGGCUCUGCAGCAAUGGAUGACAAAGAGGGAAAGAGGGAUGAUUCCGAAGGAAAUCUGCUGGGAUUGCCUGAGUCCGAGACAGAACUAGAUAAUCUAACAGAGUUCAACACAGCUCAUAAUCGGCGCGUUAUCUCCGUUGCUGAUAUGCCAGAAGUACCCAACCCUCUCAAGCGCAAACACAAGGGUGCCCAUGUGGGAUUUACAGAUGAGGAGGAAGUCAUUAACCCAGAGGACAUAGAUCCGACUAUAGGUCGGUUCAGGAACCUUGUACAGACCACAGUUAUACCUAAUAAAAGAGGUAAAAUGGACCUCAUGUCACUCAACCCUGCUUCUGAUAAUCAUGCCCACAAACAAACACAUACUGGCCAUGGCUUGUAUACGGAUCUGCCAACCACUGGCCCUGGGUCUAUGUUGGCCAAUCCUAUGAGCAUUGCAGCAAAACUUGGCCUGCCAAUCCCCAACCUGGCACCAGAUGUAGACUUCAGCGCCCCGGCUCCUCUCCAUCUGGCACCUGCCAAGCCACUUUCUGUGGCGGGAGUGGAGGAACAAGGACCCAAGGAACCUAAGAAGAAGAAGUAUGCCAAGGAGGCAUGGCCAGGGAAGAAGCCUACACACAAUUUGUUAGUCUGA